AUGACCAGGGCGACGAUCGCCAGCAUUACCCGCAGCGGUGAUUGGCUUGCGGAAGGAUACCACAAGUUCGGUCAGAAUGGUCGGUCAUAUAUCAUUCCUGAUGCGUCUGGUCGAAACGAGAUUGUCAUUCCCUCAGAGAAGUUGCGAUGGCUCACAAAUCAGCCGGACGACGUGUCUUCCGUCAGAGCAGCUCACUACGACAUGCUCCAAGCGGAUUACAACUUUACCGACCCUUAUCUCAUUCAGAGCGUGUUCCAUGAACGUGUCAUCCACAAGAACCUUGCGAGGAAAGUUGACCAUAUCAUUCCAGAUAUCUACGAUGAAAUUGCUGCGAGCGUCGACGACAACUUUGGGCUCAAUACGGACAAAUGGACCGAGCUUCCUGUAUGGGACAUCGCCAUUAACAUGUUCGCCAGGAUUAGCAACCGUUUGUUUGUAGGACUGCCUCUCUGCCGUGACAAGGAUUUCUUGAAGCAAAGCACGGCCUUCGCCAUGGACGUUGUCACUGCCGUCGCUCUGCUACCAUUUUUCCCAAGUUGGAGUCUGCCGGUCGUUGCUAGACUCAUGACAAUUCCAAAUCACUUCCACUACUGGCGAACCAGUAAACACACAAUGCCCAUAAUACUACAGCGCCUCAAAGAUAUCACCUCAAACGAUCCAAAAUUGGACAUUCCUGAAGAUUACAUUACGUGGCACAUCAGGACCGCUCUUGCUGAAAGCAAGCAGAAAGAGCUCGAGCCGGAAAUGAUUGCAAAGUUUAUCAUGCCCAUCGAGUUUGCAGCUUUACACACAACUGCGCUGACCUCGACAAUGCUUUUGUUUGAUCUGUUCAGCUCCGACCCUGUGAUGGGCUUCGUGGAAGGAAUUCGCGAAGAGGCCGAGCGUCUGUUCGAGGAGUGUAAUGGGAAGUGGAACAAGCCCACCCUGGCAAAGAUGUUUCGUGCCGAUUCUGCUAUCAAAGAAAGCAUGCGGCUGUCUGUUUUCACCUCUAGAGGAACGACACGCAAGAUCGUCGCCAAAAAUGGUUUGCACAACGACGAGGAAGGCUGGACGGCCCCCUUUGGCUCAUUCAUAUCUGUGGACUUGGUGAACCGCCAUCACGACCCUUCCAUAUUCGAAAUCCCUGAUGUCUAUGAUGCAUUCCGUUACUCCAGACCACGGGAGCAGUUCGAAGCCGAGCAUCCCGACAAGAAAGAUUCCGACGAGUUUCUGAAGAUGCGGAACCUGAGUUUGACCUCGACUGGGGAAGACUUUCUCUCCUUUGGUCAUGGACGCCACGCAUGUCCUGGGCGCUUUCUUGUGCAGCAUGAGUUAAAGAUGAUGCUUGCGUACAUCACGAUGAACUACGAGAUUCCGUUAUUGGCGAAGCGACCGGCAAACCAAUGGCUCGCAACAAGCAUCAUUCCACCUACCAAAGCUACGCUCAAGGUGCGAAGGAGAGCGGUCUGA